UCAUGUGCAUACUUGUGUCUAUCCAAUAGAACUGUUCACACUGGCUCCACCCUACAGCUCUGUAUUUAGGAUAAAACUAAGCAGAAGAGACACAUGCUCAACUAUCUCUACAUGCGACAACAUGGCAUCCAGACCCUCUCUGACUGAAGAUGAUUUCUCCUGUCCUGUGUGCUAUGACAUCUUCAGUGAACCUUUACUCCUGUCCUGCUCCCACAGCAUCUGUAAAAGCUGCCUGCACACUUUCUGGCAGCAGCGAGGAGCUCAAGAGUGUCCCAUCUGCAGGACCGUGUCCUCCACCCCUGAGCCUCCAUUGAACAUCGUGCUGCACAACAUGUGCGAGGCGGUAAUGAAGGAGCGGAACCGGAGGAUGUCAGUGGAAAUGGAGGGGCUCUGCAGUAUACACCAUGAAGUUCUUACCCUGUUCUGUGUAAAGGAUCAGAGGCCUCUCUGCACCAAGUGCAAGGACUCCAGAUUACACAGCAGGCACACUGUCUGCUCCAUACGGGAAGCAUCACAAGACCUCAAGCAUGUACUCCAGAUGAAACUGAAGCCCUUACAUGAGAAGAUUAGAAUCUAUACGGACUUCAGACAAUCCUGUCUUAAUACUGGAGAGCACAUUAAGAAACAAAGCAAAAACACAGAGACAAUGAUCAGGAGGGAAUUUGAAAAGCUUCACCAGUUUCUCUGGGAUGAAGAGGAGGCCAGAAUAACUGCACUGAAAGAGGAAGAGGAGCAGAGAAGUCAGACAAUGAAGAAAAAGAUUGACAAGAUCACAAUUCAAAUAUCUAGUGUAUUGGAUACCAUCAAUGCAGUUGAGAAACAGAUACAAGGAGAAGAUUUGUCAUUUUUACUGAACUACAGUGCUUCACUUGAAAGAACUCAAGCCAAACUAGAAAAUCCAGAGAAAUUAUCUGGAGUUCUGAUCAAUGUGGCAAAGCAUCUGAGCAACCUGAGCUUCCAAGUGUCAAAGAAGAUGCACGGCUUUGUACAAUACACCCCUGUUUCACUAGACCCUAACACUGCCCACGCUGGCCUCAUAGUGUCUGAUGAUCUGAUCACGGUGGCGUAUAAAGGCGAGCUUCAGCAGCUUCCUGAUAACUCAGAGAGGUUUGAGGGUUAUGUGAGCGUCAUAGGCUCUGAGGGCUUUAAUUCAGGCACACACUGCUGGGAUGUUGAGGUUGGAGACAACACAGCCUGGGCCGUGGGAAUCAUCUCAGAGUCUGUGUGUAAGCAGAGAGAGAACCACUCACGGUUUGGUAUAUGGUAUAUAGGUUUCUCUAACGGCAAAUAUGGUAAAGGAUAUGCACCUGAGUUCGUGACCCCUCUGCGGGUUAACAAGACAAUCCAGAGAAUAAGGGUUCAAGUGGACUUUGACAAAGGCAAAGUGAUCUUUACUGACUCAGCCCGUAACAUCUGUCUGCACAUCUUCAAACAAUCUUUUAGGGAGAGGAUUUUCCCUUACUUUUACAGCCACUGCAAACUCCAUCCUCUGAGAAUAUUACCAGCAAAAUCUUCAAUGCCCAUUCAGAUACACAGUUAGAUAAUACCAGACACCAAAGCUGUGUCUCUUUAAAUGGUAUCUUAUUAUGUACAUUGCAGAUGAACAGACUAUUCCCUACCAAAAAAAAGCCAAAUGUGUGUGUAUUAU